AGAGCAGUCCACGCAAUGAUGGCGGCGGCUGUGGCGACCGCUGCGGCGUCCUCCCCGGCUCCGGCUGACGGCGCGGAAGGCGCCUCUUCAGUGCAUUGGUUCCGCAAGGGGCUGCGGCUCCACGACAACCCGGCGCUGCUGGCGGCGGUACGCGGGGCGCACUGCGUGCGCUGUGUUUACAUCCUCGACCCUUGGUUCGCGGCCUCCUCUUCAGUCGGGAUCAACCGGUGGAGGUUCCUACUUCAGUCUCUGGAAGAUUUGGACACCAGUUUAAGGAAACUGAACUCCCGCCUUUUUGUAGUCCGGGGCCAGCCGGCUGACGUGUUCCCAAGGCUAUUCAAGGAAUGGGGGGUGACCCGCUUGACCUUUGAAUAUGACUCUGAACCCUUUGGGAAAGAACGGGAUGCAGCCAUCAUGAAGAUGGCCAAGGAGGCAGGCGUGGAGGUGGUGACUGAGAACUCGCAUACUCUCUAUGACCUGGACAAGAUCAUUGAGCUGAACGGGCAGAAGCCACCCCUUACCUACAAGCGCUUUCAGGCCCUCAUCAGCCGCAUGGAGCUGCCCAAGAAGCCCGUGGGCUCCGUGACCAGCCAGCAGAUGGAGAGCUGCAGGGCCGAGAUCCAAGAGAACCACGACGAAACCUACGGCGUGCCCUCCCUGGAGGAGCUGGGGUUCCCCACUGAAGGACUCGGCCCGGCUGUUUGGCAAGGAGGAGAGACGGAAGCUCUGGCCCGCCUGGAUAAGCACCUGGAACGGAAGGCCUGGGUUGCCAACUAUGAGAGGCCCCGGAUGAACGCCAACUCCCUGCUGGCCAGCCCCACUGGCCUCAGCCCCUACCUGCGCUUCGGCUGCCUCUCCUGCCGCCUCUUCUACUACCGCCUGUGGGACCUGUACAAAAAGGUGAAGCGGAACAGCACCCCCCCGCUCUCCCUGUUUGGGCAACUCCUGUGGCGAGAGUUCUUCUACACGGCAGCCACCAACAACCCCAGGUUUGACCGCAUGGAGGGGAACCCCAUCUGCAUCCAGAUCCCCUGGGAUCGCAACCCCGAGGCGCUGGCCAAGUGGGCCGAGGGCAAGACAGGCUUCCCUUGGAUUGACGCCAUCAUGACCCAGCUGAGGCAGGAGGGCUGGAUCCACCACCUGGCCCGGCACGCCGUGGCCUGCUUCCUCACGCGCGGGGACCUCUGGGUCAGCUGGGAGAGCGGGGUCCGGGUGUUUGAUGAGCUGCUCCUGGAUGCAGAUUUCAGCGUGAAUGCGGGCAGCUGGAUGUGGCUGUCCUGCAGUGCUUUCUUCCAACAGUUCUUCCACUGCUACUGCCCGGUGGGCUUUGGCCGCCGCACAGACCCCAGUGGAGACUACAUUCGGCGAUACCUGCCCAAAUUGAAAGGGUUCCCCUCUCGAUACAUCUAUGAACCCUGGAAUGCUCCAGAGUCAGUGCAGAAGGCAGCCAAGUGCAUCAUUGGUGUGGACUACCCGCGGCCCAUCGUCAACCACGCUGAGACCAGCCGGCUCAACAUUGAGCGGAUGAAGCAGAUUUACCAACAGCUCUCCCGCUACCGGGGACUCUGUCUGCUGGCGUCGGUCCCUUCCUGUGUGGAAGACCUCAGCAACCCAGUGGCAGAGCCCAGCUCAAGCCAGGCUGGGAGCGUGAGCGCUGCAGGCCCAAGACCACUGCCCAGUGGCCCAGCAUCCCCCAAACGCAAGCUGGAAGCGGCCGAGGAGCCACCUGGAGAAGAACUCAGCAAGCGGGCCAGGGUGGCCGAGCUGCCCCCCACAGAGCUGCUGCCUGGCAGGGAUGUCUGAGACUGCAGUGCCGUGGCUCCGUGAGCAAAGCCUGGGUGCCCGAGCAGCCACCGUGGCAGCAGCGUGCAACCUGCAGAACAGCCGAUCACCUGCAGAGAUGGAGCGAACAUGUGUGCGUGUGUGUGCGCGUGUGCAGAGGAAGGAGUGGCCUGCCUGUUUGCGUGUGCAUGCAUCUGUUUUCACUCUUGUGAUUCUGAACUGCUGACUGGGCUGGAGGAGAACCUGUAGCAGCUUCACCUCAGCCUCCGGACACCAGGCUAGAGGUCACGGCAAUGACCUUCACCCCAGACCUGUCCCUGUGAGCUAGCUGCCUUGUCUGAAUAGAGGAGUGAUAGGAUCCUAGCUGGGAUUCUGGCAUCUGCCCCCAACCCCAGCCCUUCCUCCCUCCGUCCUCGCGUCAGACUCGGGAGCAAGGGGGAGCAUUGCUGGCUCUUGCCCAGAGUGAGGGAUUCAAGAGGCAGCUAGAGUCUUGCUGAGUUCCUGCCUUAUGACCCCAGAGGCUAGGCAGCCUGGAGAGGACACGUGCUGUCCAGACAUAGUCACCUGGCCUGGCUUCAUUUGAAAAUCCCCUGCCCCUGGAUUCUCCAGACUCUUCGUUGGGCAUCUGGGACUGAGCACGAGGGGGGAGACAGAUGAGAAAACUUUGUACCGUCGUAGGGAAGUGCAGCCAGGCACCUGACUGGAGCCUUUAUGAGCAGUCCUCCAGGGAACAGCUGAGAAGUUCUCCCUUUGGGGCUGAAAACCUGCGGUUAGGAGCAAAAUCCCAGCCCUCGCUGUUUUUUCCUGGAAGCUGAGAGCCAGCCUCAGAGCAGACGGUGGGAGGCUCAAUGCCUCCACCAGGAGGAGGCCGGGUUCCUGGUGGUAGAAAGCCCGCUGGUUCCUCUGGCCACGCCCAUGGCACCUCAGUGCUGCCACUGAGGUCAGCUGACACCCAGCCAGGGAAGCCAUCCCCGUUUGCACUCUGCAGGCUUCCACGGCCUGCCCAUAGCUGGUGGGCAUCCAGGCUGCCGUGUCAGCUCUCCCAGUAGCUGGACGUCAAGGCUCCAGGCAGCUGGACUGCCAGGGACAGUUAGGAGAGGUCCACACCCAGCACAGCAGUUUCCCGAAGCAGCCGGUGGGAGGUUUGACCCAGAGAAGCCAGGAGCCUUGAACUCCAGGGGUGGCCUGUGCAGAGGACACCACGAGGAGGCGGACUAUGCGGUCAGCUGGAGCAAGUCUUCCUUCUGCCCGUGGCCUGUGCUUGAGCCACAGCGAGUGUGCGUGUGUGUGUGGGUGUGUGUGGGCAUGCACACCCAUGCGGGGUGUGUGCGUAGCUGAGAGGCCAAUUCCUCUUUGGAUUUUUGUCCUCGUACACAUGACAUUAAGCUGGCCUCUGGGCCUUCUCCUCUCUACCUCCCCUGCGACCUUUCCUAACAUCAUAGCUGUUCAUUCCCGUGGCCCCAGCCCUUCACCGUCCUCUGUCCCGGGACCAAAACCCCGCAGUCAGGCCCUGUCCCCUACAUCUGUCCAGCACAUUGACAGGCUUCUUCCUGAGAUGUCCCCAGGCUUUCUCAGCCAGAGAGCUGCCUUUAGAGUCCAACCUUUGUAUGUGUGUCACCCUCACUAGAAAUGUCGCAUCAUCGUGUGGGGGGAACGGGGCCCAGGUGGUGGUUUGUUUCUGCAGCAUUGGGUUGGGGGCUUCCCUGUUCCCUUAGCCCCAGCCAGGAGGAAAGGAGACCCGGGGGCUGUUGCCAGAAGGGGAGUAGGGCAGGUCUGAGAAAUGGAGAGCGCCGGGGGCUUGGGCCAGAGUCACUGUUUAUUCAGCAGCACCUGCACUUGUCGGGAUGAUUCCCUUUUUGUGCCUGUUUGACGAUGGUUCUCUUCCCUAAGGUCCACAUUGGCAGGACCACCUCCCCCCCACUUCUCCACCAUCCCAGGCACACUGGCCCAUUCCCAGUGGACCGGAGUGGGCCACUCCCCCAGCCGGGAGGGGCGGGAUGAGGAGAGGGUGCCCCCAGUGGCCCGGAGCUCCGUGACAGUGUCAUGCCUCCCCUGCUCCUGGCCAAGGCGUCCCUGGGGGCUGCCGCAGCACAUGCCCCAAAUCCUAACCCAAGGGCUGGCAUGGGCAGGAGAUGGUUGCAGGCCAAAUGCACUUUAUACAGAGAUUUUUCUGUUUCUGGGAAGGUGUGUUUCUCCCACAGUUUGUGAAUAUUCACAUGUUUCAUAAAUGUCUGAUUUGUCUGAGCAAAA